AUGGCUCCCAAGAACAACGCCAAAGCCGGCAAAGGCAAAGGGAAGGAUGCUACCGAGGACAAGGGCAAAGGCGGAAAGGCUGCCGUGAAAGGCGCUCAGUCGAUCAACGUUCGCCAUAUUCUUUGUGAGAAACACGCCAAGAAAGAAGAGGCACUCGAGAAGCUCCGCAAUGGCACCAAGUUUGACGAGGUUGCGCGUGAAUUCUCGGAGGAUAAAGCUAGACAGGGAGGUGCCCUUGGAUGGAAGACCAAGGGUGGACUAGACCCUGCAUUCGAAGCUGUUGCCUUCGAGCUUGAGACUAGCACAACAAAUAAUCCCAAGUAUGGCGAAGCCAAGACUGGGUUUGGCUACCAUAUUAUGAUGGUUGAGGGGAGAAAGUGA